CCUAACACCACUUACAUGGACUAUAGCACUUCAAGUGGGCUUCCCGCCACCACAUUCUCAAGGAUAACAACAGAUGGGAAACCAAAGAUUGUUGACUUCAUUGAUGUCUCAGGAAGUGGCGAUGUAGACACCUCCACUGUGCUGGAAGCAAAGGAUGGCAUUCUUGUUGGUCUCUCAGGAAGGACUCUAAAGAUACCAUCAGAUUGGGUCAACCCUUCUUUGAGGUACCAUGUUGGUAUUAAAAAUGCCUUUGAACUGUAUCCCACAGCCCUUAAGGAGAGAAUUCAGCAAGAGCGCCGAGAGAAGCAGUGGGACCCUUUACAUCGAGUUGCUGUGGCGGAAGCUCACCGACGACUGAAUGACUUCAACAAGAACAACACAAACCUAUCUCAGGAAGAGAAAUUGGUCUUGGAAGAUCUUCAGUGCCAAGUUGAUCAGUUGGAUCUAUUGGAGAAGAAAUAUUCUGACCUUGGGCCUGUCUAUGAUUGCUUGGUUUGGCAUGAUGGAGAGACUUGGAGAGCCUGUGUUGACACCAGUGAAUGUGGAGAUCUGAGCAGCUGCAGUGUGCUCAGGAACUAUAGAGAAGGACAUGAGUAUGCACAGAUCGGAAAAUCUGAAAUGCUGAAUUACUCCAUCAAUGUCUAUGAUGAUGGGAACACUCUCUGCAUCGUCACUAAUGCAGGGUCCCACGGAACGCAUGUAGCUGCAAUUGCUGCUGGAUACUUCCCAGGAGAACAGGAAAGGAAUGGUGUGGCUCCUGGUGCCCAGAUAUUGGCCAUAAAGGUGGCCGAUUCCAGAUUAAACACUAUGGAAACAGGGACCAGCUUAAUCCGGGCAAUGAUCGAAGUGAUCAAUUACAAAUGUGACCUUGUAAAUUACAGCUAUGGGGAAGCAUCUCACUGGACCAAUGCAGGGCGUGUAUGCAAGGUGAUUGAUGAAGCAGUUUUAAAACACAAUGUUAUCUUUGUGUCCAGUGCUGGUAACAAUGGGCCCUGUCUCUCCACUGUUGGCUGUCCAGGAGGUACUUCCACCAAUAUCAUUGGUGUUGGUGCGUAUGUCAGUCCAGAUAUGAUGGUUGCAGAGUACUCGAUGCGGGAGAAGUUGCCACCUAAUCAGUACACCUGGUCGUCGAGGGGACCUUGUGUUGAUGGAGCAUUGGGAGUGUGUAUCACUGCUCCAGGUGGAGCCAUAGCAUCAGUCCCCAACUGGACACUUCGAGGCACCGAACUGAUGAACGGAACUUCAAUGUCCUCUCCUAAUGCCUGUGGAGGCAUUGCUCUGCUGAUCUCAGCAUUGAAAGCAAAUGGCAUUUGUUACACUACACACUCGGUGCGACGUGCUCUGGAGAACACAGCACUGAAAGUGGAGGAUGUUGAAGUUUUUGCACAAGGCCAUGGGAUCAUUCAGAUCGAAAAGGCCUAUGACUACCUCAGCCAAAAUGCCUCAGUAAAAUGUCACCAGUUGGGUUUCAGCAUCAAAAUAUUGCACCUUCGUGGAAUCUACCUCAGGGACCCAGCAUACCUGUCAGUGCCAAUCGACUUCUCUGUUUCUGUGGAGCCAGUGUUUCCGGAAAAUGCAGAACACAAUGAGAAGAUAGCUCUUCAGAUACAUCUAGCUUUGACUUGCAAUGCAUCGUGGGUGCAUAUCCCCUCCCAUCUGGAGCUGAUGAACCAAUCCCGCCAGGUGACUGUCAGGGUGGAUCCUCGAGGACUCAAGGAAGGGCCACACUUCACUGAGGUCCUUGGUUAUGAUACGACAGCCCCUGAUGCCGGUCCAUUGUUUCGAAUUCCAGUCACAGUCGUCAUUCCUUCAAGUGUAAAUGCAACUUCUGAAUACAAACUUGUGCAAAAAAAUGUGCAUUUCAAGCCUGGAGAGAUCAGAAGACAUUUCAUUGAAGUGCCCCAAGGAGCUACCUGGGCUGAAAUAAGUCUGACUUCAAAAUCGGAAGAUACAACCUCUGAGUUUGUCGUGCAUGCUAUCCAGCUGCAGAAACAGAUGGCUUUUCGGGUACAUGAGUUCUACCGUCACCUGUACUUAGCAGAAAAGGCCUCUGCAGCUGAUGCUUUUCCAGUCUUUGAAGAGAAGACCGUUGAGAUUUGUAUUGCACGAUGGUGGUCUAGCCUGAGACACACUACCAUCGACUACGUCAUUUCGUUCCACGGCCUGAGGUGUAACAGUGAUACAUUACACAUUCAUGCAUCGGAAGGAAUAUCACGAUUUGAUAUCACAGCUUCGCUGAAUUAUGAAGAGCUCUCACCUGUCAUGACCCUAAAAAACUGGGUCCAGACUCUUCGGCCUGUGGAUGCCAAAACAAGACCCUUAGGCUCUCGGGAUGUGCUGCCCAACAACAGACAACUUUAUGAGUUGGUUUUAACAUACAAUUUUAAUCAGGCAAAGUCUGGAGAAGUGACUCCAAGCUGCCCCUUAUUAUCUGACUUGCUGUAUGAAUCAGAGUAUGACAGUCAACUUUGGAUGCUGUUUGAUCAAAACAAGAAGCUGGUGGGAUCAGGCGAUGCAUAUCCUGACAGGUACUCGCUAAAACUGGAUAAAGGGGACUAUGUGAUACGCCUGCAGAUUCGCCAUGAGGCGUUGAGUGAGUUGGAGCAUUUAAAUGAUCUGCCAUUCCAAAUCGAUCGCAAGCUCCCAACUCCACUGAACUUGGACGUCUACCGAACCCAUGUCAACGCGCUACUCAACAAGAGCAAGUUUUGCUCCCUUACAUUGCCCCCAAAAUACACGGUUCCAUUCUACGUCACUUCAUUGCCGGAUGACAAAGUUCCAAAAGGAAUUGAAAUUGGUUGCCAACUCACUGGAACACUCACACUUUCGAAAACGGAAAUGGGCAAGAAAGCUGAUGUACACAGUUUGUACUACCAUCUCAUAUCACCUCCAAACAAGACCAAGGAUGGAAACAAAGAAAAGUCCAGCAAAGAGAAGGAGAAAGAACCAAAGGAAAUGUUCGAAGAGGCCAUUCGAGAUCUCAGAAUACAAUGGCUACCCAAGUUGGAUCUGCACGAGGAGUUGGUAUCAGAGUACCCUAAUCACUUGCCUGUACAUAUCGCUAAUCUUUCCAACCUCAACUCAUCAAAGGAUCGGAUGAAGAGACUUGAUGAAAUUAUUCAAGCAGCUGAUGUGGUUAUCUCUCACAUUGAUCAAAGUGCCCUGGUUACCAAUUUGGCCAUGAAAAAUGACCCAAGACCAGAUGCUGCCACUAUCAAAAGUGAGAUGGAGAAGCAGAAGUCUGCCCUGAUCGAUGCCCUUUGCCUAAAGGGAUGUGCACUGGCUGAUACACUUCUCCAGGUCAAGUUACACAAUGAGAUGGCACCAAGCAAACUCGUCUGUCACCAUGAGAAUGAGUGGGACCAAGUCCGCAAAAGCCUGUUAGACACGUUCGAUGAAGUUCAGAAGUGGAUUGAUCUCACUGAUAAUAAGGCAUUAACAUUUGCAUAUAAGCAUGCCUUAGUGCAUCAAACAUUUGGACGUGCUUUGAAGUUUGCUGCUAAAAUUGUUGAAAAUAAGCCAAGUCAAGAAAACUGGAACAAUUGUAUUCAGUUGAUGAAGACCCUCGAUUGGGAGCACUGUGCCUCUUCCUAUGAGAACUUUCUCUCAGUGAUGUAUCCCCCAGAUUACGUCCCAUUCUAGCGUUUAUUAUUGAAAUAAAGAAUGUAUGUGUGCAUUUUUAACAGGGUUUGAUAUAGGAGAAGCUUUCUGAUGAUUGGGCUCGGUU